CUCCCUCUCUCUCUCUGUCUCUCUCUCUCUCCUCCCCCGGUCUCUCCACUGUCGCUCUCUGCUCCGCCGAGUCAUCAGGGUAAGCGCUCUCCACUUUCUUUCUCUCUCUCUCUCUCUCUCUCUCUCGUCUCCAACCUUCUGAAUCAUUCCCCUCCUCCCUCCCCUCCUUCUACGCCAAGCAAACCCUUCACCCCCCACAAUCCCCCUCCCCCAAUUCACCACCCACCUCCCCCUCCCCCUCCCCCCUUUAUAUGCCCUAGAGAGAGAGAGAGAGAGAGAGAGAGAGAUACAAGGCCCCAUCGCAAACCCUAGACGGAGAGGAAGAGGAAGAGGGAGAGGGAGAUGGCUACAGCCGCCGGCGGCGGCGGCGGCGGCGGAGGGAAGAGAGGGGGCGGCGGAGGAGGAGGAGGAGGGGGAGGAGGAGGGUAUUACAUGGAGGAGAGGCGGUGGAGGCCGUGGGUGGUGCCGGUGAUCGUGGUGGCGAGCGUGGCGGUGUUCGUGGUGGAGAUGUACGUGAACAAUUGCCGGGAUCGGCCCAACCCCUUCGGACCCUGCGUCGCCAGGUUCCUCCGCCGCUUCGCGUUCCAGCCCCUCCGCCAGAACCCGCUCCUCGGGCCCUCCUCCUCCACUUUGGAGAAAAUGGGAGCUCUUGAAUGGAACAAGGUAGUCCAUCAGCACCAAGGAUGGCGACUUGUUACUUCUAUUUGGUUGCAUUCAGGUCUAAUCCACUUGAUUGUGAAUAUGCUAAGCCUGCUCUUUAUUGGUAUUCGGCUUGAACAGCAAUUUGGAUUUGUGCGUGUUGGAGUGGUAUACCUUCUAACGGGAUUCGGUGGCAGCGUCCUUUCAGCUCUUCUUUUGAAAAAUACUAUUUCUGUAUGUGCUUCUGGUGCUUUGUUUGGACUACUGGGUUCCAUGCUGUCAGAACUACUCACAAACUGGGGCAUUUAUUCAAACAAGGUUGCAGCUUUGCUAACUCUUGCGAUCAUCAUGGUGAUCAACUUGGCCAUUGGAAUAUUUCCACAUGUCGAUAACUUUGCCACUAUUGGGGGAUUUAUAACAGGCUUUCUCUUAGGGUUUGUGUUGUUGGCAAGGCCCCAAUUUGGUUGGAUGGAACCACAUGAUUUGCCUCAGUCCACCCAAGUCGGAUCGAAGUACAAAGCACACCAAUAUAUUUUGUGGGUUAUUGCACUGCUGCUGGCUAUAGCAGGAUUCGCAGUCGGUCUGGUGAUGCUUUUCAAGGGUAAGAAUGCAAGUGAUAGCUGCCAUUGGUGCCACUACCUGAAUUGUGUACCAACAUCAAAAUGGAGCUGUGAUAGUUGAACAGUUGCAUUUUCCGGCCGAGAGUUUAGCUUGGCGAGAACAUUUAAUGGAUUUAUGUGACUGUACAUAGUUAAGGAGCAAUAUGUAAGCUAUCUGUGCAUUCUUAGCUGUGCUCUCUCUGGUGAUCAGUUUUUCUUUUUCCUCCAUCUAAAACCACCAACCUCCAUCCGGCUAGUUACUGUAUCUGAUUCUCAUUGCAUAUUGAUAUUUUGUUGUGGUAUUGAAGGAAACUUUCUCAAUGAAGUGAUGAUGAGCAUUGUGGAAGAAGUUUGUGAUUCUACUGUAACAAAUUUUUCUGAUUAGUCAAUGAAAUUUUCUUUCAUUGGAGGUUCUUAGGUGUUAA